UUCCAAUCAACUGUCAACUCAAGUUGCUGCUCUGUAUAAUGAAAUCUGCCUCCGUAUUUCAGUGCAGACUCAAGACGUCCUACGGCUGCAAGAUCUGUGCAAAAUAAUGUGAAUCAACCUGCCACGAGAAAUCAAGAGAAUCAGAAUAAGAUGGACAUCCAGGAUCAGGAUGCCACAGCCAGAUGGGAGGCUCUGGGCAGCCGUGACCCGAGAUCCAGAGGCACAGCAAUGGAGCACAUCAGCCAGGAGGUGAUGCGGAGAGUGGAGAGUAUAGGGCCGAUACCAGCCACCGUCCCCUCGCCUCUAGCUACUGCAGGGCACCCCACCAGCGACCUGAACGACAUCCUGGCCCGUCUACUCAUGCUGUCCAAGCGGUGCCCUUUCGAUGACGUCAGAGAGCGAUGUGUUUGGCUGCUGCAGAACGUUCAGGACUUUGGAGUUCGAAUCCCAAGACCCCUGGGAAAUGGACCAAGUAGAUUUAUCCCUGAAAAAGAGAUCCUUCAAGUCAGUAAAGUAGACCCCAGGACACAAUCGAUAUUUGAGGACGCAUUCGCAGCACUGGGUCGCCUUGACAACAUCUCCUUGGUGAUGGGCUUCCACCCACAGUACCUGGAGAGCUUUCUGAGGACACAGCACUACCUGCUGCAGAUGGACGGGCCCUUAUCCCUGCACUACCGCCACUACAUAGGCAUCAUGGCUGCAGCCAGACACCAGUGCUCCUACCUGGUCAACCUGCACGUCAACGACUUCCUCCAGGUAGGAGGGGACUCCAAGUGGCUGAAUGGCCUGGACGGAGCCCCACAGAAGCUGCAGGCCCUCGGGGAGCUCAACAAGAUCCUGGCCCACCGGCCCUGGCUCCUCACCAAGGCACACAUCGAGCACCUGCUGAAGGCUGAAGAACACAGCUGGUCCCUGGCUGAGCUGAUCCAUGCUGUGGUGCUCCUCACACACUACCACUCCCUGGCAUCCUUUACCUUUGGCUGUGGCAUCACCCCCGAGAUCCACAGUGACGGGGGGCACACCUUCAGACCCCCCUCCCUCAGCCAGUACUGUGUCUGCGACAUCGCCAAUGGCAACGGUCACGGCCACCUGGAGGAGAGGAGAGGCAAUCACCAGGUGUCAGAGGUGUCUGGUGAGGUGGAGGUGCUGAUGGAGAGGAUGAAGCAGCUGCAGGAGUGUCGUGAUGAAGAGGAAGCCAGUCAGGAGGAGAUGGCCACACGCUUUGAGAGGGAGAAGACAGAGAGCAUGCUUGUGGCCACGGCAGAGGACGAGGAGUGUGUGCCAUCCAGAGACGUCUCCAGGCACUUUGAAGACCCCAGCUACGGCUACAAGGACUUCUCCAGGAGAGGAGAACAUGUACCCACCUUCAGAGUGCAGGACUACAGUUGGGAGGACCAUGGCUACUCCCUGGUGAACCGUCUGUACCCUGACGUUGGUCAGCUGCUGGAUGAGAAGUUCCAGAUGGCCUACAACCUGACCUACAACACCAUGGCCAUGCACAAAGACGUGGACACCACCAUGCUGCGCAGGGCUAUCUGGAACUACAUCCACUGCAUGUUCGGCAUCAGGUAUGAUGACUAUGACUACGGGGAGAUUAACCAGCUGUUGGACCGCAGCUUUAAGGUCUACAUUAAGACCAUGGUGUGCAGCCCGGAGAAAACCACCAAACGAAUGUACGAGAGCUUCUGGAGACAGUUCCAGCACUCCGAGAAGGUCCAUGUCAAUCUGCUUCUUAUGGAAGCCCGCAUGCAGGCAGAACUGCUCUACGCUCUGAGAGCGAUCACCCGCUACAUGACAUGAAAUGCUUUUGGCGUUUAUCAUUGUUUUUUGCUGUCAUUGUCUUUGCUCUCGUGGGACACUUCAGAAGAAAUAAACCAGGGGGGGGAAAUAGAAAACAACUAAAAAGAUGAAAGGUAACCCUGUCCGUCGUGACGAAGCUCGUCCUCGUGAUGUGGAAAGAAAAAUGAACAGAACAAAUGAGAGAACAAAAAAAAAGCAAAUGAAAGCUGAAGAAAAAAAAGAACUGCAAAAAGAAAAGUCAUCUCAACCUACUUGUGGAAAGAUAAGCUGUCCUCUUUACCUGCAGUGCCAAAACUCACCAUGAGGGGGCAGCCUGGAGCAGACACUCUGCUGGGCCAGAGGAAAAGAAACCGAUGACACAGGCCACCCUUCCAGUAUUCUAAUACACCUCAGUGGAUGAUGUCAAUAGAAUCUCCAUAUAGUGUGAAAACCCACAGCAAAUCUCCAGAAAGCAAAAGCAGUGCAUCAGUCUGCACUUGAUAAUGUAGUCACUGUUUUUUGUUGAAUAUAUUUUGCUUUAGUCUUUUUGUAUUAAGAGAAGUUGUUAUCUUCAUGUGGUUGUUGUUGCGGUAACUGGAGAUGAUGGAAGCAUUAUUUGGCCUGUGUGUUGGUGUGCCUGGUUAUGUCAUACACCACAGUAUAGUGUGUAGAGGUGCUGCCUGAUACUGCUGCUCAUGUAAGCAAGGGGUCAUAUUGACCCCCUCCUCCCUCCCACCCCUAAGAACCCUAUCCAUCAUAAACCCACAGCAUUAACCCCCCCCCCCCCUUUCCCCAAUACCCCCCACCCUGAAACUGUUUGUGUAAGCUAACCCAAGAAGUGUGUGAAAGCGGAGAGGUGUUGGAAAAACUAAAAAAUAACACUGUCUGAGCCCUAUUUAGUUCGACUGUACGUAUGAUGAACCCAUUCUGUAUGAGAGACUGAUGUCAGUGACAAAUAUCAUGUGUGGAUGUGUGUGUAACUCCAUGUGUUUUACAGAAAAUAUAAAGAAAAAAAGUGUGUUGAAAUUUCAAGCAACAAAAAAACAGGAAGAAAGCGAGGUAAUUUGAAGUGUGAAACUUCUUGCCUCUGCUGUAGCUCUUUCUAUGUGGUGACUGUUACAUUGUUUUGUUUCUGGUAAAAAGCUUUGUCCUGUAAGAAAAAGAACAUGAAAGCUAAAACAAAGUGGUCUUCCAGGGGAUUGGCUUCCGGUUGUCAUAACAAUGACCUCACCUGUCUGUCUUCCGCUCACCCUCGAUCUUUGACCCUGGCCUGGGCAUCCUAACACUUUCAAAGCUUUGGGUAUUGUGAAUUGUACCAGUAAAUAAAUACCUCUGCUGUUUUCUUUUCUAUCGCAUUAAGAAGUGCUCUUUGGCGAGCAGAAUGACUCUUAUCAUUCUGGGUCGCUUGGCUUUCAUUCGUAGGGAGCCCAGUUGGGCCUCAUUGGACCGACUAUGGUCGAUACGGUCCGACUGCAGUCGGUCAUAGAUGUGCUUGUUCCCUCUGUGGGAGCCUAACCAGUGCAAACACAGUUUUUUAAACGAGGGGUAGACUCUCCACACUUUUAGUUUUGUUGACUAAAAACAGUAAAGUACUGCAUUCUACUGAGGGUGGAUUGAUACAGUUGGACAAUUGAAUGAUUGUUUCACGUUAAGAGGAGGAGGAAGAUGAGGAUGAUUAUGGAAUGGUACAUUAUUUGGGGGUGGUUGUGAGAGGAAGUGUAGAGGUUUUAUCAAACUUCUGACUAAUGUCAGAUACUGAAACUUUUUAUAUAAAAAAAAUGGAAUAUGUUAUUGAAUCAUUGUAUUUUUUUGUUUUCUCCAUAGAACUGUUGCUGCUGCAUCAACAUAAUGAUAUGAUUAUUACAUAGAAAUAAUCUAUACAUUGAAUCAUUCAUGAAACAAGCCCACCAAGUUGUAGUCAUAGCACACAUGCAUGUAUUAUCUCCAACCUUAACAAUAAACAUCUGAUCUCCAUCAAUGACAUUUUACAAUAUGUCAUCAGUAAUGAUGUAGGAAACAUUUGGCUAUUACAGAUGCAUUUUGCACAGUUAAUGCAAUUGAGUCCCACACACAAAUAAAUGUUUGGUACAACCGCAUGUGUUGAGUGUGGACCCACUGGUUCAAUGUCUAGUUUUGUUUUAGAUUUGGUUGACUUGUCGACUAACAUGAAGAAAAGUCACCAUCUCAUUGGAUUUAGGUUAACAGUUAGGUGAAGAAAUACUAAAUUCUCUUGUUUUGAUUGCUUUUUCCACUUCCAUUCAUCAACCCAUUUCAUUUUCUGUUGUUGAAAUCAUGUCCUAAUGUUGAUUCAACUUGUUUUUGUCCAGUGGGGAGUCAGUCCUGCCAUUUUAUACUACACUGAACUCUGUGGUUCAAUGUUUGCUUGUGUUGACGAGUCCAAGGUUGAACGUUACUCCCACACCUGUUGUGCUAGAACACUUGGACCUGUCUAAUGUGCAGUGAGAUGAGGGAAAAUUCCUUCUAGGAUCACCUUUGACCUCUAUUCUGCUCACCUUCCUGUCCUGUUCCGUUCUCCCUGCGGAAACUCCCUGGCAUCCUUGUGGGUGACUGGCUGUAGACUGAAUUCUCUGGAUGUUCAGGGACUUUUCUAUUAAGGGCAAACAGAGGGUGACUUGGUCCAUAUCUCUACUGAUACUGAACUGCCUCAUUUCCCUACGACAAUCUGAACAGGAUGAGACUAAAUAACUUUAUCAACCCAGACGGACAGGUGUGUAUCAUGUAGAGAACCAUGUGUCAUUAACUAUGGCUGAUGAAAUGCUAUUGGGUUGUGGUCACUGUAAGGCGUUAUUAUUGCAGGAUAGGUUUACUUUAUUUUGACAGAAGUGCUGUUUUUGUACUUAUUUGAUGUAAUGAUAAUUAUGUGAUUUAAAAAAACGCUGUUCUUUACUAACUUUGCAGCAGUACUGCCUGGCCUGGUCCAUAUCUGUAACAAUAAAGGCUUUGAGAAGGAGAACGUUUACCACA